AUGGCCACCGAUCAGAAUGAACCGAUGUCGUACCCCUAUGAGGCCCUUGAUGUUGCUCAGGCGCCCGAGCCACCAGAGUACAAGCGUCAUCACAUCUUCUCGCCAAGCGAAUGGUUGUUAGAAACAGCCACUUCCAUUCUUGCUCUGGGGUUAUUGAUCGGAAUUGCUUAUAUAUUCUGGUACAUGGACAACAAGCCCCUUUCAGCAUGGAGAGGCCCUGUGUCUCUCAGUGCGUCGAUCUCCGUCCUUACCACCACGUGCGCUACGGCUCUAAUGCACGGUGCAAGCACGUUCAUCGGUCAGCUCAAGUGGCGCCAUUUCAGGAAGAGCCCACAAAAGCUCUCCCAUCUUGAAACAUUCGAUGAAGCAAGUCGCGGUGUGUGGGGAUCCAUCUUGCUCCUAACGACAGUGAAAUGGGACAUAGCCACGAUCGGGGCAGUCAUCACCAUCUUGAGACUUGCCUUCUCGCCGUUCGCACAGCAGGUCAUCCUGAUAGAGCAGCGGGAUACUAUCACUGCGGACGAUACCGUCACGUUUGGGUACACGCACAAUUACAGUCGGAACUUUGACGGAGAACUAGCCAACACUCGUGUCGAGGCCUUUCCGCAAGACCCUAGCCUGCAGUCCGCCAUAGUCCAGGGCCUCUAUGGUAUCAUCUCGCCCGCAAUCUUUACCUGCCCCAGCACGUGCCGAUGGACAGGCUCAUACAUCACCCUUGGCUUCAAGAGCUCAUGCAGAAACGUCACCGAAGCUACUUUGAGAUCAGCAGACUGUACAUUUGAUUCAAGGCUGCACAACUCGACAUGUGUUAUGACGACACCGGGAGGAGUAGGCGUUGUCACCAGAUACUGGUACACCGACCUGGCAACGAGCUAUUACAUGAAUGCAACCUCUCUCCUGGACAACAAAUCAGGCGUUCAAUAUUCCGUCCUGCCGGACACAUUCCCCGAGCUCACGCGAUUCGCCAUCUACAGAGCAACACCAGACGACAACUUUAAUGCAACAAAUAUCAAUGUGACCCAGUGCUCGCUGUUCCUUACGGCAUACGAGUAUGUCGAUGCCAAUGCCAACGGGCAGGAAUUCACGUUUGGCCGUGUCCGUGAGCUCAACUUCGAAGAUAAGAACCCCUGGGCUCCAGAUGGGAGUGUGGACUAUCCUCAAUACAAGACAAACCAAACACAGUUUGGCGACAAGUUGGUUCCCGAGCUGGGAACAAACCACCCAACUCUCAUUGCGUUGGAGAACUUCUUCGAGUCCUCUGCCAUUGUCACCGAGUGGGUCAAGGGGAACUACGUGAACAAGAACUCCGGCCUGGCUGCGGCGCUGGCUGGGGACGUUGAUAUCCCCGCCCGCUUUGAGCAGAUGGCCGGCGCCAUGACGGACUAUCUGCGAUCCACGGGGCCAAAUGCACUCCUGGCCCAUGGAGAUCGAGUUGAAAGCGUGCCGUUUGUGUCAUGCCGGUGGCCUUAUUUCAUCGUGCCUGUUUUGACGGAGGCACUCGCAUUCUUGUUCGCUGCUUUAACCUGCCUAAGUAACAGGGGGAGCAAACGCAUUCCGCUUUGGAAGUCUUCAACCCUGGCCGUGCUGGCUUGCCACUAUGACGACCAGGUUGGAGUGCUGCGUGGCUCCAGUGAGGAUGUUGAAGAGCUUGAGACGGCAGCGGAGAAGGUAAAAGUGCAGCUACUGUAG